UGUGAACGGCAAACGAUCGUGAAAGUAAUAGAACGGAGAAUUAUAAAAGUGACUAAAGAAAGGAUAUAAAGCGAAAGAUAGUGUAAUAGUGCGAAGUGAUAGAAUAAAGGCAGACAAACUAAAUCAGAGUCCUUUUAAAGGACAAAUAUUUUAUUUUAAAAAUAAUAUAAUUAUUAUAUUAAUUGUAAAUUUAUAUAAUAAACAAUAUAAUUAAGUAAAAAUGGGUUUGAAAAUGGAUGUUGAUGAAGUGCGUAUGACUUUACAACGUUUUGGCUGGGCCGAUUAUAUUGUAUUUUUAUUAAUGUUGGCCAGUUGUGCAUUGAUUGGUAUUUAUUUUGCAAUUCAAAUGCGACGUCAAUCAAAAUUGAAAAAAACUACCAAUAAUAAGGAUGCUGAAGAUACCUACUUAGUAGGCGGAAGAACAAUGACAAUUUUUCCAAUCACAAUGUCACUGAUAUCAAGCUACAUAUCAGGCAUAACAUUGCUUGGCACCCCAACUGAAGUCUAUUUAUUUGGCAUCCAAUAUAUGUACAUAAUGGGUUCAUUGGUUCUGAUGGGUUUCGUUAUGUAUUAUUUGUUCCUACCAGUAUUCCACAAUCUUAAGUUAAUAUCAACCUAUCAAUAUUUAGAAACACGUUACAAUAAUUGUGUGCGCCUGUUCGGGUCAGUGCUCUUCAUAUUCGGAUCGUUGUUAUGGCUGCCAAUUGUGAUAUAUGUACCCGCACUGGCAUUUAAUCAAGCCACCGGUAUCAACGUACAUCUGAUUACGCCAUUGGUUAGUCUGGUGUGUAUUUUUUACACGUGUGUGGGCGGUUUAAAGGCUGUUGUUUGGACAGAUGUUGUACAAACUCUUAUCAUGUUCGGCGCAAUGCUUUUAAUUAUUGUCAAAGGUACAAUCGAUGUAGGUGGUCUUGGUGUAGUGUAUACCAGAGCUAAAGAAAGCGGCAGAAUUGAACCUCCUAACCUUACAUUUGAUCUUACUGAACGUUAUACGGUCUACUCAUUAUUCAUUGGUGGAGUAGCGCAUUUCUUAAAAUCAAAUGCGAUCAGCCAAAAUAUGAUUCAACGUUAUUUAUCGUUACCAACUUUAAAAAAGGCUCGCAUUUCUGUAUGGACUUUCAUUUUUGGAGUACUCAUAUUUAUGUUAGUAUGCGGCUACAGUGGCUUGCUUAUCUACGCCACCUAUCAUGACUGUGAUCCACUAAUGACCAAGCUCGCUGAACGUAAGGAUCAACUGCUGCCUUUACUUGUUAUGGAAACUCUAGGAGAAUACCCUGGCUUACCUGGCCUCUUUGUAGCAGGAGUUUUCAGUGCUGCACUGUCAUCUCUGUCAACUGGUCUGAAUUCAAUGUCUGCUGUAGUGUUGGAAGACUUCGUGAAAUCAUUUUAUAAGAAAACACUCUCAGAGCGGGCAACAGCUUACAUUAUGCGUUCAGUAGUUGUGCUCUUUGGUGUUAUUUGCGUGGCUCUAGUGAUUGUGGUAGAAAAACUGGGUGCUGUAUUACAAUUAACUAUAACACUAUCGUCUGUAGCAAAUGGACCACUACUUGGUAUAUUCACAGCUGGUGUUUUGGUGCCAUGGGUGGAGAGCAAAGGUGCCUUAAUUGGUGGUAUCACCAGUCUGAUAUUUAUGGCUUGGAUGGCAAUAAGUGCUCAAUCUGAUAUAGCAUCAGGCGCAAUGGUAUAUGCAAGAAAGCCACAUACAACUCUGGGUUGCAAUUAUACUUUCAUGGAUUUCACACCAAUGAGUAUGCUGGCUGAAAAUGCAACAGAAAUAUUAGAAGAAAGUAACAGCCACAAGGAAUUUCAUAUUUAUAAUAUCUCCUACCUAUUCUACACAAUGCUGGGUGCUAUUUUGACUAUUGUCAUUGCAAUUGUCAUCAGUUUCAUCUCAGGCCCAAAUAAACUGACAGAUAUCGACACCAGUCUGCUGUCACCAUUCCUCCAGCGCUGGAUAGAAAACUACAAAAGCAAGAAAGUCACUGCAUCUUCCGAUACGACGAAGAACGGCAACAACCAACAAAAGCAAACAAUAGCGGAAACAUGUUGGUAAAUCGCAAACUAUGAGGCGAAUUUGAUACAUGAAAUAGAUUUGCCCCGGAGGGAAAUGUGUUAAGUGAACGAGUUAGUUAGGUAUUUGUUUUGUCUGUUUGUAUUUUUAAUGAUAUUGUUAGUUUUAAAUAAAGUUCGAAUGGAUUUAUUCCAUUCGAAAGUAAAUUAG